AUGUCACAACAUAGAUGUUUCGCUUCCACAGCAACUGCAAAGAAGCCUGAACUGGGGAAUGAUGAUGAGGAUAACGACGAAAUGGAUGCAAAAAAGAGAAAGGAAGCUUCCCCAGAAGAAUGUGAUCAAGCUGUUGUUGGACUGAGUACUGCAAAAGCCAAAGCAAAAGCCAAAAAACUGCAAGAAUCCAAGAGCUUCUAUGUUCCAGUUUUAAAGAAGUUAUGGGCCACAUUUUUGGGUAUUGGUCCAGCUUUGAGAGCAGUGGCUUCAAUGAGCAGGGCAGACUGGGCCAAGAAGCUCGUCCAUUGGAAGAACGAAUUCGUGUCUACAUUACAGCAUUACUGGUUGGGUAGUAAGCUUUUGUGGGCUGAUGUGAGAAUCAGUUCGAGAUUAUUGCUGAAACUUGCUGGUGGGAAGAGUCUCUCCAGAAGAGAGAGGCAACAGCUCACAAGAACUACUGCUGAUGUUUUUCGGCUUGUUCCAUUUGCUGUUUUUAUCAUAGUUCCAUUCAUGGAAUUUCUGUUGCCUGUGUUUUUGAAGCUCUUUCCCAACAUGCUGCCAUCAACCUUCCAGGACAAGAUGAAAGAACAGGAAGCAUUAAAACGGAGGUUGCACGCCAAGAUAGAAUAUGCAAAGUUUCUCCAAGAGACUGUCAAAGAAAUGGCAAAAGAGGUGCAAAAUUCACGGAGUGGGGAAACUAAGAAGACAGCUGAGGACCUUGAUGAAUUUCUGAAUAAGGUCAGAAGUGGUGCCCGUGUCGCAAACGAGGAAAUUUUGGGAUUUGCUAAGCUGUUCAAUGAUGAACUCACACUAGAUAAUAUUAGCAGACCACGGCUUGUAAACAUGUGCAAGUACAUGGGUAUCAGCUCUAUUGGAACAGAUGCUUAUUUGCGUUAUAUGCUACGGAAGAGAUUGCAGAGGAUUAAAAAUGAUGACAAAUUGAUUCAAGCUGAGGGUGUGGAAUCUCUAUCCGAAGAUGAACUUCGUGAAGAUUGUCGUGAGAGGGGCAUGCUUGGAGUGCUUUCUGUGGAUGAAAUGCGCCAACAGCUGCGAGAUUGGCUAGAUUUAUCACUAAAUCAUUCUGUUCCAUCUUCACUUCUGAUCCUUUCCAGGGCCUUUACAGUAUCAGGUAAGGUGAGGCCCGAAGAAGCAGUUCAAGCUACAUUAUCGUCACUCCCUGAUGAAGUUGUGGAUACUGUGGGAAUUACAUCACUGCCAUCUGAAGAUUCGAUUUCUGAAAGGAGGAGGAAGUUGGACUUCCUUGAAAUGCAAGAGGAACUUAUCAAGGAGGAGGAAGAGAAAGAAGAGGAAGAACUAGCCAGGAGAAAGGAAAAGGAAUCUUCUGCUAGAGUAGAAGAUGAUGUGGCUUUGAAAGAGAUGCUCAUUUCAACUGCAAAAGAAGCACAAGAACGAGCUAGAGAAAAAGCAGUGGACAAACAAGAACAGCUUUGUGAACUUAGUCGUGCAUUAGCUGUUUUGGCUUCUGCUUCUUCGGUGAGCAGGGAGCGUGAAGAAUUCUUGAGGCUUGUCAAUAAAGAGAUUGAGCUUUACAACAGCAUAGUGGAUAAAGAUGGAACAGAUGGUGAAGUGGAAGCAAUGAAGGCAUAUAAAGCCGCUCGUGAUGAAAGUGAAGAUGGUGCUGAGGUCUCUGAGCAUAAUGUCGUCUCGUCUGCUCUUAUAGACAAGGUUGAUGCUAUGCUUCAAAAUCUUGAGAAAGAAAUUGAUGAUGUGGAUGCAAAAAUUGGUGAUCGUUGGCGUAUACUCGACAGAGAUUAUGACGGUAAAGUAACUCCCGAAGAAGUUGCAGCUGCUGCUAUGUAUCUGAAAGACACUUUAGGCAAAGAAGGGGUGCAAGAACUCAUCAGCAAUCUUUCUAAAGAUUCAGAUGGAAAGAUACUUGUUGAGGAUAUUGUGAGAUUGGGCAGUCGAGCAGGUGGCAACUCAUCCGAGCCUGAGGAAAUGUAG